AUGACGGCUGGAAAAGAGCUCAACGAGGCCGCCGAGGUCAUCGAAAAUGUCCCAGAACAGGAUCGCGCUCACGUGGUCGAGUUUGAGGCUCCUAUGGAACACAUCCAGGAACUCAAUGAGGCCGAACACAUCAACUUGAGCUGGCGAUCAUGGCUGGUGGUAUUUCUCACUUGCUUCGCCAUCAUGGCACAGGUCUUCGUCGUCGUCGCUGCAGGAUCAGUCAUUGCCUUCAUCAUCCGAGACGUGGGUGAUGGAGCAAUCGCCGGUUGGAUUAUUCAGGGGCCCUUGCUGAUGCAAAGUGUCUUGUCACCCAUUGUCGGCCGACUCAGUGAUGUCCUGGACCGAAAGUACCUUGCGUCGGUUCCUCCACUGAUCGCAUUUGUUGGCGCCGUUGUCUCGGCAAAGGCGACUUCCAUGUCUAUGUUGAUUGGCGGCGGUAUACUCAUCGGCGUGACCUUGAGCACCAUUUCCAUUGUCCAAGCGAUCCCGAGUGAGGUGCUACCUCUGAAGUACAGAGCUUUGGCUAAUGGCUUCGCUUUUCUUGGGGGCGCUGUUGGUGGAGUUGUUGGUAGCCUUGGAUCGGGGGGAGUCACGAAUGCCAGUCCGUCGGGGUGGCGCGACAUCUUUUGGAUGCAGGCUGCCUUCCAUUUGGCUACAUUCGUUGGACUGAUUCUUUUCUACCAUCCCGUCCGUCGUUCAGACUACCCGAAAAUGUCGUUCAAGCAACUCGUUUGGGCUUGUGAUCCCAUUGGGUCUUUUCUCUUCAUCGUCGCGUGCACCAUGCUUUUACUGGCUUUGGAUUGGGCCGGGGGUGCAUAUGCUUGGUCGGAUGUCCACGUGGCAGCGCCUUUGGGCAUCGGAUUCGGCUUCCUCAUAUUGUUCUGCGGUUAUGAGUGGAAAGGUCGAUCGGACGGCCUGGUCGCGCACGUCUUCUUUAAGGGGUCGCCGAACUUUGCCCUGUCUGUAUUCGCGUUUGCGGUCGAGGGUUGGCUGUUUUACAGCGCUGUGAACAGCGUAACGCCUCAGAUCGUGCUGAACCUCGGUUUCGAAACCAAUGCUUGGAAGAUCUCCCUCAGGCAGCUCUCAUACACCCUCGUCAGUCUCUUCGUGUCGAUCCCUAUCACGUUGUAUGCCACAAAGUACAAGGACUUGAAAUCUCCAUUGCUCGUGACUUUUGUCAUCUUCCUCGUUGUAACAAUUUGCUAUGCGGUCAUUACUCCAAGCAUGAACAACGCACAGAUUGGCUUCAACGUUCUUUCAGGUAUUGGCCAGUCUGGACCAUUGACUCUUAUCGUAGCCUUGAUCCAAUUUACUGCACCACAUGCCUUCCUCUCAACAGCCACGGGUCUCGGCUUUUCUGCUCGAGCAAUUGGCGGUGCAUUUGGAUCUGCUGUGCUUGACGCUAUCAUCAAUGGAAAGUUGAAGUCGUAUGACACCAAGGUUGGCAAUGCAGCUGUAGCGGCUGGCCUACCUCAAUCAUCGUUGCCAGAUCUUCUGAAGGCGCUGGCCACAGGCGUUGGAUUUUCAGAUGUUCCUGGCUUGAACAGCACCAUCCUGGACAAGACUAUGGAUGCGAGUCACUGGGAAUAUGCCCACGCCUACCGACUCGCGUGGGCGAGUAUCAUCCCCUUCAUCGUCCUGGCAUUGGUAGCAGUCUGGUUCCUGAAGGGCGUGAAGGACUUGAUGACCGAGAAGGUGGAAGCUACAGUGGAACAUGUCAAAGCUCCGGAAUUUACCAAGGCCUGA